AUAUGGGAGCAAUACCAAAUCACAAAGCAAACAUUACUUUCAAAAUCAACGUUACUUUUCAGGUGGCCUUUAACAAUCUAAACUCACCUCAGUCAUUAGACUUCAUCAACACAUUAGAAAAGGAGCUUGAAGCCCUGUGCAGAGAAGCAGAUCCACAAACCUUCAAAAAAGUUAAAGUCAUCAACUUAUCACCAGGAAGUGUUGUUGCAGAGAGCCAGGCAGAGUACAUUUAUCCAAACAAUGAAACACAAAUCCAGUUUGUGAACAUUAAGCUUGAUGGGGUGUUGACUGAUAUCUUGAUUAAUACAAGUAACCUCAAGAAGAUUUCUCAGGCCUUUAAUAAUUCAACCGUGCUGUUAAAUGGACUCACCUUCCAGAAACCUGAGAUUAAAGAUAUCCAAGAACUUGCACCUUUUAUAAAUUGCUCUCAGUUCGCUAAUUACACAGCUGAAAUAAUUAAUGGUCAAUGGCAGUGUGCUGGACCCUGCAAAACAAACCCUGAUUACUGUCAUCAACAUGGAGAAUGUCAAAACAACAUCGAGAAAGGGCCAACCUGUCUGUGCUUCAACUCAAGCCGCGGGCAGUUUUUUGGCACACGAUGUGAAUUCUUCCGUCCUGCUCCAAGCAUAACUCAG